UGAAUACUUUCCGGAUGCACUGUAGCCUACCUACCAUCAGUUUCCAAGUCACUAUUGACCCUUGGCAUUUCAUAGAAAACGAAACGACGUGUCCAAUCUUUUCAUCAGCUUUCGUGGACGCAGAACAACCGCGAAUCAGGAUAUAAAGGUAAAAACCGGAAGCAUGGUGGCCAUUUAAAAUAUACCAUCUGCGGUGUAGGGGAAAUGUACGUAUCCCCUCCCCUUUUGCUUCUCAGGUGUUUUAUAGACGACUGCUGUUGAAAAGUAGCCUGAACCUGACGUCCAUAACGCCUGUUGGUAUCUGAGCCUACAGGCCAUGAACACAAAGCUGCAGGAGAAGCGUGAUGCUUCUCUGGCCUGGUUCUCCCAGUUCCAGCUUGGCUGUGUUUCCCAAAACGGAGUCAUUCCAGAGUGGUUCCACGGCAUCAUUUCCAGGAAGUCUGCAGAGGAGAUGUUACAGUCCAAACCUGCAGGCUACUUCCUGAUUCGCGUCGGCGAGAGCAGAAUAGGUUUCACCCUAUCAUAUCGGAGUGAGGAUUGCUGCCGUCACUUCAUGAUCAAUGUGCUAAAUAAUGGGCAGUACACUAUUGUAGGGGAGGACACCUGUCACCGGUCACUGCAGGACCUCGUAGCCUUUCACCGACGUGUUCCCAUCCUACCGUUCAAUAGCCUGCUGACUGUUGCCUGUGGCAAGGCCUCCAAAGACAAGACCGAUUAUGUGGAGUUGUUUUUUCCCCAAAGGAACGCUCCCACACCUGAUGCGUUCUCAAACGAAGUUCUCCACUCCAGCAAUACUGGUCAGCUUCAGCCGUCCCCUAGCACACCACGCAGCCCCCCACAGCUUCCUCCUAGGACGGUCUGUGGAGACGCAUCUCGGGGUGUAGCGAGCACUGCUGUUCCCAUCCAGUUUAACCCUCCAGGGCUGUACCCCGCUCAGGAUACUGAAGUAGCCAAACUCACCCUGCAGAGUCCAGUCACAGCAAACUGUGUUCCACCAGUUCCAAUGCCCAGAAAACUGCGCCCCACCAACAGUGUCCUGCUGGAGCAGGCCCCGGAGCUACCCUCCAGAACCUUCCUUCUGCACAGAACCGAGCAGACGGACAGCGGACCCCACCAGCUCUCGCCAUCGAGCCCGGCUUCUGGCGAAGUGCAUCCCGGCCUCGGCUGCAGGCCUCCUCCUGCCGAGCAACCCAGGAGCCGGGGCGUGAAAUCCGUUGUGGCCAACUUGAUGCAGUUUAAGAAGAAGUCGCUGAAGCAGGAGAGAGGCCCGGAGGAGCAUAUCUACACUGAGCCCGCAGAGCCAGAGCUUCCGUUCGCACCUUCGGACAGCCGGCUGGGGACGGAGCCUGCGUGUGAACCCCUGUACCAGGAGAUACUGGAGGAGAGAGGGUUCACUGAGCCCGACUCCGGCCGUGUACACAACGCCGGCGUCCCGGCCGUCUUAACAGACGGGAUACCGGUGGAGUACCUAAAGCCUCCUCCGUUUGCUCCGGGUUACUGACGCAUUUCACAGAAGCAGCUCACUGGACUUGGAGAAAGGGAUUCUGGGUCUGGGUCAGGAAACUAGUGCUGUGCUAUAGGGAACUUACUCAGGUCGAAUGGGAGGCUGACUAUGCACUGACGAGCAUUUCGGAUUAAAGUUUCACAUAACGCUUUGUAAUGUAUGAGAAUUAAAAUAAUUGCCUUCAUAAAUACAGACAGAGGGUGACCACCUGUAAUCAAGUUUUCAUUCAUUGGUGAAUAUAUCCAGGAAUAAGGGUUGAGCAAAGAUUAUUUUAAUUUAAUACCUAAAUAGUGGUUGCUAUUUUUAUUGUAACACACAAUACUUGAAAGGCACCACUGCAAUUUACAAGUUAUUCCUCCCUAGUUAUUUCCUCAGCUAAAAUAAGAUAUUAAGAUAAUAUUUAUUCCUUCAAGCUAUUUUUAUUACAGAAAUCAUUAUUACAGAAAAUUAACAGUACCAUAAUGAAUAUAUCUGUCCAUAUCAUGAAAGAGAGUUCCUAACUAAAUCUUUUCUCAAGACUGCAACAGACAUUUCUUAUCAUUAUAUGUAAUUAUGUUAUUUUUAGUGAAUAAAAAAAAAGUAAUCUCUGUGAUUAGCAUACACGUUUAAAACAUAUUUCUGUCCACAGUUUCAAUAUGUGAGCAAGACUAAAAAGUAUACUUGUUUUUUGUGUGUGAAAAUGUACUGAUUUUCAUACAAAACACCAUCUGCUGUUUAGCUCAUAUUACAUACAUCCUUUAAGCCACCGGUGCAGUUUUUCCUAGAUAUCGUGAAUGUGCUUACCAUUGCAUUUUUCUAUGUUUUCUACCCUUAAGCAACACUUUUGUUUAUAUUUGACAAUGUUUUUCCUUUCAUCACUGUGGGAUUGGCUGGCUUAUACUUCAUUACCUGUGGGGUUACAUUACAAACACCGUCUCAAUAGUCAUUAGCUUGAAUUACCUGUUUGACAGGAAAUAAAGAAACUCUGCCUGUAAAA